AUGAUAUCUCUACGAGGCGCCGUGCGUACGGCAUCAUCGUCGUACUGGCGGACGACAAAAUCUGCACACCAUACUAAUGUUUUCCUCCGGACAAACAUACCCAGAGUACAGGCGUUGUCUUCAACACAAUGGCCCACCGUCGACAACCGGUCACGUCGCUGGACUCAAUCCGCUGCUGCAAUUCGUGAACAACCCGAUUCCUCGAAUCCUGCCAUGUCAUUUCCCUGCCUGGAUGCUCAAGAGGCCAAAACCGUAUCACUAUCUACACGCUCCAUGACCACCGGCCCGGAACCAUCAUACACUACCGGACACCAUGAAAACUACCAUUGCGAAAAGCCGUUGCUUCUCGACUGGGGCGGUGUGCUCCCCGAAUUCGAUGUCGCCUAUGAAACUUGGGGGACCUUGAAUGCCGACAAGAGCAACGCAAUUCUCCUCCAUACAGGUCUUUCCGCGUCGAGUCAUGCGCACAGUACUCCAUCAAACCCGAAGAAUGGCUGGUGGGAAAAAUUCAUUGGCCCUGGGGCUCCUCUUGAUACGAACAAAUAUUACAUUAUCUGCACGAAUGUGAUAGGUGGUUGCUACGGAAGCACAGGUCCUUCGUCCAUUGACCCGUCUGAUUCGAAGCGAUAUGCCACCCGAUUCCCUAUCUUGACGAUUGAGGAUAUGGUUCGGGCACAAUUUAGACUUCUCGAUUCGCUGGGUAUUCAGAAACUACAUGCGUCUGUUGGCUCUAGCAUGGGCGGAAUGUUGAGUCUUGCAGCUGGCGUUCUGUUUCCAGAAAGAAUGGGAAGAUUGGUUAGUAUCAGUGGAUGUGCGCGCAGUCACCCAUACAGCAUCGCUAUGCGACAUACUCAACGACAGGUUCUUAUGAUGGACCCCAACUGGCAACGCGGCUUUUAUUACGACUCGAUUCCUCCUCACCACGGCAUGAAACUUGCCCGAGAGAUCGCUACUGUUACGUAUCGAAGUGGUCCUGAAUGGGAAAAGCGAUUUGGUAGAAAAAGAACCGACCCUAGCAAGCAGCCUGCUCUCUGCCCAGACUUUUUGAUUGAGACCUAUCUAGACCAUGCUGGAGAGAAAUUCUGUCUCGAGUACGAUGCCAACAGCUUAUUGUACGUGUCCAAGGCCAUGGAUCUUUUUGAUCUCGGCCACGCCCAGCAAAUCGCUACCCGAGAACGAAGAGAACAGAACCAAAAGAGCAUGGCACUCGGCAACGUUGAACGAAACGAUGCUUCCUGCAGCUUGACUUUGCCGGACAAGCCAUAUGAAGAGCAGCCCGCUGCCUUGUCGUCUUUGACAUCAGUAAACGAACCGGCAACCGUCGACACGACUGUCGACUCGACCGAUGGUCCUCCACAAGAUCUUGUCCAAGGCAUGGCUGCAUUGAAAGACCACCCUGUUCUUGUCAUGGGUGUCGCAAGUGAUAUCCUGUUCCCAGCAUGGCAGCAGCGAGAAAUUGCAGAGACAUUACGAGCUGCUGGUAAUCAGAAGGUCGAGCAUGUCGAGUUAGGGGAGGACAUCUCUCUUUUCGGGCAUGAUACGUUCCUGCUAGAUCUUGAAAAUAUUGGAGGUCGCAUUGGCAAGUUUCUAGGAUGA